AUGGCUGACAUUGACCCGUUCGACUCGGCCCUUGACCUCCUACGUCGGCUCAACCCCAAGCAGACGACCGACCACCUCAACGCCAUCAUCUCGCUCGCCCCGGACCUGACCGAAGACCUCCUCUCGUCCGUCGACCAGCCCUUGUCCGUCCGCCGGUGCAAGCAGACCGGCCGCGACUACCUGCUCUGCGACUACAACCGCGAUGGCGACAGCUACCGCUCCCCUUGGUCUAACCAGUUUGACCCUCCCCUGGACGAGAGCGGUGCCGGCGGUGUAGGUGCUGGCGGCAGUGAGGGUGCGGGCGAGGGCGCCAUCCCCAGCGAGCGAGUGCGCAAGAUGGAGGUCAAGGCCAACGAGGCCUUUGAUAUUUACCGCGAGCUGUACUACGAGGGCGGCGUGAGCAGCGUCUACUUUUGGAACCUCGACGAUGGCUUUGCCGGUGUUGUGCUUCUCAAGAAAUCAUCUCCCUCCGGAGGCAGCUCCGAGGGUGUCUGGGACUCGAUCCACGUCUUCGAGGCCAUCGAGCGAGGCCGAAGCACCCACUAUAAGCUUACGUCGACUGUGAUCCUGACACUGUCCAGUGCUGGAGGCAAUCUGGGCGAAUUGGACCUGAGUGGCAACAUGACACGCCAGGUGGAGCAGGAUCUCCCCGUUGAGAAUGACGACAGCCACAUCGCCAACGUGGGACGGUUGGUGGAGGAUAUGGAACUCAAGAUGCGCAACCUACUACAGGAGGUUUACUUUGGCAAGGCCAAGGACGUGGUGGGUGACCUGAGGAGCAUCGGAAGCCUGAGCGAGGGCGCCCGGGACCGAGAGGCACAGCGGGAGCUCAUCGGCAGCAUGAGGAAAUGA